CUUGCCUAGGUACAAUUAUCUGCAUCAACUUGUAUCAUAUAUCAUUCAUGCAUGGCGCGUUUACGAUGUACCCGAACUCAGCUAUAAAGCCCCAUCAGUCUACAGCUAAGCAGCUUGAAGUCCUUGCCGUGCACAACUGCAGAAGACGACGACGAACUUCUCGACCUCGCUCUCGCAGCCCCGCAGAUCAUAGACGGAAAUCGCGAAGCAAGAAACGGAAAUACACAUCUGGUGGGCCUCUAGGGUAUGUAUUUUCGAUGGCCAUUGGGAACGUCCACGUGAAUCCAUCAUCCAUGGCUGUCGGCAUUGUACUUCGAGCCCAAGUUCGAGCUGCGUCGUUCAAUGUGCCGCCUGAGCAUAUUCUAAUCUCAGCGCUCGCUGGUGUGCAUCGGAAAUCGAAUAAAACACUUGAUCUCAAUCACAACACAUCUUAUUUCUCGCGUUAUCAAUCUGUCACUCAUAAAUUCCUCGAAAAAAUAAAAUGGGGGCGGAAUAAAAGGGAAUUGAGUGGGGCUAUCAUGCUCAGCAUCAUUAGCAAUGCUAUCAUUUAGCGAACUGACCUUUGCAAAUUAAUAUCAGGAACUCUGACACUAUCGGAAACUCCCCGGCUUAUCUGCACGUUUCCCUCGAUGUCAACUGGUCGCUUCCUGAAGAGAGCUGAUUGGUUGGCACUCUUUGACCAGGGCGGUCGUCUCUGAUCGUGUAGGUUACGAUGUAGAUCAUGCGUGCACGCUCUUAACCGCAGGUACCGAAUUCUGG